UCACAAUUCUUCUCUUGGGUUUGGUCAGGGUUUCUUCAAGCGUGCGAGGGUUCCCUAUUAUUUUUCCUCUUCUUUUUCAAUUUAACAAUCCAGAAAUGGCCGGCCUCUACAUCUUCUGUCUCUAUAUUACUACGAAGUAUCGAUAAUCUCCAGCUCAAACACAAACAUAAUCCGUCAACCCAGUCGCCUCACCUUCGCCUUCGCCUUCGCCUUGACUCUCUCCACGAUCACCCUCCCUCCAUGGCCAAGGGCUUCAAGCUCAGGCUCCCCCGUGCACUCCAAAUCUGUCGCCCCAAACACCCCCCGACCUACCCACAGAACCCGCCAAGGGCUCACUGGCUGUUCCCCGCCAACCCCAAGCCCCUCGACGUCAGCUUCACCAGCUUACCUGCCCCACCUCCGUCCACCCCAGACCACUCCUUUAUUGCCCGCCACGUCGCCUCCGUCCGCUGCAGGCCCUGCGCCGGCGCAGACUCUCCAUCUGAGUACACGUGGCGAAAGGAUGGGCAGUGGCAUGAGGUCUCGAGACGGAGCCGGAGCCAGCCCAGGCUUCGUCGUAAGAUAUGCGGAGUUUCUAGAUUCGACGUUGGCGACGUGGAAACGGCGUCGCCGGUCGUGGGGAGCCAAGGCGACCGGAGGAUGACGCAAAAGAAGAAGAAGAGCCAGGCGAAAGGCAGAAUGACAUCGUCGGUCGUCGUGAAGAGUGUCACGUCCAGCGACAGUGGGUGGUUCAGCUCGGAGGACAGCAGUGACAACAACGGCGAUGAUGGGGACGAGACUGACGCAUUGCUAUCGACUUCCAGGAGCUUUUCGACCGAUACGUUACCCGAACUCUGCCGCGCCACGAGACACGCACAGAAGGAUCGGGCGACGAAGCAAAAGCAAAAAUCCCCUCAAGACGAGGACGAGGACGAGGACGAGGAUGAUGAUGACGAUGCCGACGAGAACAGAAUCAGGAGGCUGAGGCGCUACACCAGCGAGGGCCGAGAGGAGGCGGCGGCGGGGGAGAGGAGGCGGGGGGUGGUGAUGGGGGAGAGCGUGGCUGUGGUGAAGAGGUCGGAGAAUCCACUGGACGACUUCAAGAGGUCGAUGGCGGAGAUGAUAGUGGAGAAGCGGAUGUUCGGGGCCGGGGACCUGGAGCAGCUCCUGCAGUGCUUCCUGUCGCUCAACUCGCGGCACUACCACGGCGUCAUCGUGGAGGCGUUCGCCGAGAUAUGGCACGUCUUGUUCUUCGAUUCACGUGCCGACACCGUACGGCGUCGGACCGUCUCCUCGUCAGCCUCGGCUGCGGUUGAACGUUAAAGAAGAAGGUCGAGAGACUUCUUCUCUCUCCUGGGGAUUAAUUAAUUUAAUGUCAGUACUUUGAAUAUUUCCUUGACGAUGGAAUUACCGAUUUCUUUUUCAUUGGUGGAAGAAUUUAUUUUCCGGUGCUUGUUGUAAAUUUGAAGCACUAAAACACCAUCUCUUGUUUUC